CACUCUCUCGUGUUAAAUAGAACAGAAAUACAUUCUCACUCUCUCGUAUCAAAUAGAACAGAAAUACAUUCUCACUCUCUCGUGUUAAAUAGAACAGAUAUACAUUCUCACUCUCUCGUAUCAAAUAGAACAGAAAUACAUUCUCACUCUCUCGUAUCAAAUAGAACAGAAAUACAUUCUCACUCUCUCGUGUUAAAUAGAACAGAUAUACAUUCUCACUCUCUCGUAUCAAAUAGAACAGAAAUACAUUCUCACUCUCUCGUAUCAAAUAGAACAGAAAUACAUUCUCACUCUCUCGUAUCAAAUAGGACAGAAAUACAUUCUCACUCUCUCGUAUCAAAUAGAACAGAAAUACAUUCUCACUCUCUCGUAUCAAAUAGAACAGAAAAACAUUCUCACUCUCUCGUAUCAAAUAGAACAGAAAUACAUUCUCACCUUCUCGUGUUAAAUAGAACAGAAAUACAUUCUCACUCUCUCGUAUCAAAUAGAACAGAAAAACAUUCUCACUCUCUCGUGUUAAAUAGAACAGAAAUACAUUCUCACUCUCUCGUGUUAAAUAGAACAGAAAUACAUUCUCACUCUCUCGUGUUAAAUAGAACAGAAAUACAUUCUCACUCUCUCGUGUCAAAUAGAACAGAAAUACAUUCUCACUCUCUCGUAUCAAAUAGAACAGAAAUACAUUCUCACUCUCUCGUGUUAAAUAGAACACGAAUACAUUCUCACUCUCUCGUAUCAAAUAGAACAGAAGUACAUUCUCACUCUCUCGUAUCAAAUAGAACAGAAAUACAUUCUCACUCUCUCGUGUUAAAUAGAACAGAAAUACAUUCUCACUCUCUCGUGUUAAAUAGAACACGAAUACAUUCUCACUCUCUCGUGUUAAAUAGAACAGAAAUACAUUCUCACUCUCUCGUGUUAAAUAGAACACGAAUACAUUCUCACUCUCUCGUGUUAAAUAGAACAGAAAUACAUUCUCACUCUCUCGUGUUAAAUAGAACAGAAAUACAUUCUCACUCUCUCGUGUCAAAUAGAACAGAAGUACAUUCUCACUCUCUCGUAUCAAAUAGAACAGAAGUACAUUCUCACUCUCUCGUGUUAAAUAGAACAGAAAUACAUUCUCACUCUCUCGUGUUAAAUAGAACAGAAAUACAUUCUCACUCUCGUAUCAAAUAG